AUGGCGCCUGAGCUGUCAUCAAAUUGGAAGAAGCUCCAGGCUCAACUCAAAGCGGCACCCUCAUCCUCUUCAACUUCCGGGGCAGUGAAGAGGAAGGCGGAAACCUCAACCCAGCAGCCCGCCAAAAAGCAGAAAACAAAAGUCGACGGAAAGCCUGCCCCCAAACCCUCUCCAAAGAACUCCAAGCCGACAACAAAACCAACACAAAAGAACUCCAAGGUGAAAAACGACCGUAUGGGUGUUACACAGAGCUCCAAGGUUGAACUUGACCUCGACCCAAAACUGAGGACCACGCCGUCCCUUGCCCUCUGGGCCGAAGACAAUGGUGUUUCUUCCGAGGCGUUGGCCGAAGCCUAUGGCCUUGGGCUGAAAGACAACUCGAUGCUCGCGUCAGACAAGGACAAGAUCAACGCCGGUCUCACAGAAGGACUCGACGUCGGCAAGUACAUCGCCAUGGACUGCGAAAUGGUUGGUGUCGGUGACGGAGGAUACGAGUCGGUGCUUGCUCGUGUGAGCAUCGUCGACUUCCACGGCCGCCAAGUAUACGAUUCCUACGUGAAGCCCCAGGAGCGGGUAACAGACUGGCGGAGCGCUGUCAGCGGGAUCCUGCCAAAGCACAUGAGGUUUGCGAGAGAGUUCAACGAGGUGCAGGCUCAAGUCGCCGAGCUCCUGAAAGACAGGAUACUCGUCGGUCACGAUGUGAAACAUGAUUUGGACGUUCUGAGGCUCAGUCACUCGGCCAAAGAUAUUCGCGACACUUCCAACCACCCAGGAUUCAAGAAGUUCAGCAAUAGCAGAAAACCAGCAUUGAGGAGGUUGGCGGAAGAAAUCCUCAAAGUCACCAUACAAAGCGGCGCCCACUCGAGUAUCGAAGAUGCAAGGGUGACGAUGCUGCUCUUCAGGAAACACAAAUCCGCAUUCGACGUCGACCACGCCAAUCGGUUUCCCAGCUUUGGGGGCGCGUCGGCCAAAUCGAAGCCCAAGUCCAAGACUAAGAAGAAGAAAUGA